AUGUUCCGCCGUCGCUGGUCUGGUCUUCCCAAGGACCCCGUGUUCUCAUCCAACUUAAAGGAUCUUGGCUACUUUGUCAACGACCAAGAUGAGAUUCGCAAUAUCGGGAACCCGAACUACUACUUCAAGUACUACCUCACCAAGAAUGGUAGAGUCAACGAUCGUCAGCGUUUCCACUUCAGCGGCAAGAACCAAUUACUGCCCCUCUUCCUCCUGCUUGCCACUGACUUUCAACAGAAGCGAUCCGCGAUAUCGUCCACUCACGUCUUGAGGAAGAAGGCUUGA